CUCAGGUACAAAGGUUAGUAGUUAAAGAGAGCUGUAUAUUUCUAAUGUGAUAACUCUACGAACGGUUGUACUCGAGCCUCCUGUUGAGAGCGCAUAAAUAGCAGCUCAGCCCCCGUUUUUUGGCCUCGUGUUUAGACGCAAGGACAACGCCUUCUUCCAUCCUUCAGCCUUCCUAGGAAUAAUAUUGGGAUAUCUGCCUUCCACCAUGCUGGGAUCUACCGUUCUUGUUUCGGCAACAUGGUUGCUUGCGCUUGGACAAUGCGCGCUUGCUGCCGAUAUUGACUGGACCACCAUCAAGAACAGUCGCGGCGACCACCUUCCCGACUUCAGUUUCUGUGGUUAUCAUUCCUCGGACGCGGCUCUCCCGUCCACUUCUAGGCCCAGUACUACAACAAUCAAGGCUUCGUCCAAGGACCAGACUUCCGAUAUUCAAGCCGCAUUGAACAAAGUCUCCGCCGCUGGAGGAGGUGUCGUGGAACUCAGUUCAGGAACUUUCAAAAUAUCUUCCGGCCUAAUCAUCCCGAACGGAACGACAUUGAGAGGCUCUGGCGUUGGGUCCACACACCUUUCGGUUUCCAAGUUGGACGGUGAAACCCCAUUGAUUGCGUUGGGAAAUGGCACUGCACACAAAGUGAAGCCUUUGAGCACCAACGCCAUCACCGACAGCUAUGUGGCAAUCGGUGCCGACACGGUAACUGUAAAAGACACGAAAGGACUGAAAGUUGGACAAACCGUCUUUGUCAACCGGGCCGCGACGGCGAAGUGGAUCAGAUAUGACGGUAUGUCUGAUCUUACUCGCAACAAUGAGCCUCAAACUUGGAUCAAGGGAGAGACGUUAAUACAGCAACCCCGGAUAAUUGGUGCCAUUAAUGGCAAUAAAGUCACGCUGACAGUCCCCCUCACCGACGCCCUGGACAAGAACUACAUGAGCCCUUAUCUGGCUCCCUACACGGCCCCUUCCACUGCGUCGGAGAUAGGUCUGGAGAACCUGUCCAUCACUCUCAAACCCAGCUGCUCAGGAGUAGCUCUGAACAGUGAUAAUGGUGGAUGUAAAUCAGAAGCCAUAUCCGUUUCUCCCUGGACCAUCGACAGUUACAUACGCUCAGUAAAUGUGACGGGCUUCAACUCUUUUAUCCAGGUCGCGUACAACUCCAGCCGAAUCACGAUAGACCAGGUCGGUCUAUUCCGAGACCGUGACACGGACAACAAGGCAGGGUACCCGGCAGAUAUCUCGAUUAUGGGUUCGCAGAUACUGGUUCAGGAUAGCGGACAAUACGGUAUCAAGACAGCCAAGGCGUUUUCCGUGGUGACGCAAGCCGGAAGUCCGGGCCCCAACGCCAUCGUACGUCACGUCGUGCAGGCGCCGGACUUGCAGCAGAUAUACCCCCACCAACGCUGGGCACACGGUUUCCUCGCCGAGGACACCGAUGCGGGUGUCAUCUACCAGAACCGUAACAACGCUGGGACCGGUCACGGCUGGGCGAUCAACGCCGGAGUGGCCUGGAACGUUAGAGGAGGGGUGACGGUACAGAGCCCGCCUUUAGGUGUUAACUUCGGAAUCGGAGUCACCGGCAAGGUCACGAACACGAAUGGAACUAUGGUCUCAUCGGGGAAGGCAGUCAUGCCGCAGAGUCUCUUCAGUGCUCAACUGGCUAAGAGAAAGAGCGGCAACUAAACUCGAAUGAGUCAAAUGGCAUGGUAUUAAGAAUAGACUUCCUAGGUAGGUACGCAUGCAAAAAGCUCGACACAUAAGGCCUCGAUAUAUAAAACCCUAUAGGCACUAUUCGUACCAUACUAUAUUCCUCA